AUGCUCUGCCCCGGCGACAAGACUUUCUACUGUGGCGCAGGCAACAGACUGAACAUGUACUACAGCAACAACAGCACCAAAUCUUCGACCGAUCCGAUGAAUGUCAACGUCACUGGUAGCUAUUCAUUCUACUUUUGUUACAAGGAUAGUCCUCGCGCGCUGAGUGUGUCUGCAUCGAGCGACUCGAUGUCUGUCGAUGCAUGCCAGAAACUUGCCACGGCGGGUGGAUACACCUGGUUCGGCACUGAAUACGGACGCGAGUGUUGGAUGGGAAACUCGUUGGCAGCAGGGACAGCCAACGCCACCGCAAGUGAUUGCAACAUGGCAUGCAGUGGUAUGCCAGGACAGCUUUGUGGCGGACCUUCUAGACUCUCACUUUACAGAAAGAUCGCCACUUAG